GCGUAUCCGCCAAUUAUUGCUCUUCUUGCUGUUUGGGUUUGAGAUUUUACUGAAAUUAUCUUAUUGCCAUGAGUGCAACUGAUCAAGCAGAUGGCAUUGUAUUGCCAAACCAUAUUAUUCAUUUGGAGGAUGAACCUACCCAUCUUCUUGUCCUCGUUCAUGGCAUCUUGGCGAGCACUAGUGACUGGACUUAUGCGCAAGCAGAACUGAAGAGACGGCUGGGAAGAAAGUCUUUGAUUUAUGCAAGUUCAUGCAAUGCUUAUAUCAAAACAUUUGCUGGGAUUGAUGGAGCUGGAAAACGACUUGCAGAUGAAGUAAUGCUAGUUGUGAAAAGGACAGAGAGCCUAAAGAAGAUUUCUUUUAUUGCACAUUCACUUGGUGGGUUGAUUGCAAGAUAUGCAGUUGCUGUUCUUUUUACACCGAACGUAUCGAACGCUGCAAAUACAAAGCCCGGUUGCUCUUCAAAUAAAGGGUUGAUUGCUGGGCUAGAACCAAUUAAUUUCAUCACCUUGGCUACCCCUCAUCUUGGAGUAAGAGGCAACAAGCAGUUUCCCAUUCUCUUGGGAGUUCCAAUCUUAGAAAAACUUGCUGCACCAAUGGCUGCAUCGUUAACUGGGAAAACUGGUAGGCAGCUCUUCCUCACAGACGGGAAACCAAAUGUGCCUCCGCUCCUCUUAAGAAUGGCAUCAGAUUGUGAAGAAAUGAAAUUUAUAUCUUCACUUGGCGCUUUCAAAUCCCGCUCCGUCUAUGCAAAUGCUUCUUAUGACUAUCUGGUUGGAUGGCGUACGUCCUCUAUAAGAAGGGACUCGGAGCUUCCCAAGCCUCCCAAACAAUCUUUGGAUGGGUACAAGCAUGUGGUAAAUGUUGAAUACUGUCCUCCAAUUACGUCGGAUGCUCCUCGUUUCCCUCCCGAAGCAGCCAAAGCAAAGGAAGCCGCUCAAAAUGAACAUAAUGCUACAUUACAAUACCAUGAAAUCAUGGAAGAGGAAAUGAUAAGGGGAUUGCAACAAAUAGGGUGGAUGAAGGUAGAUGUUAGCUUCCACUCAGCAUUAUGGCCCUUCUUUGCUCAUAACAACAUACAUGUGAAGAAUGAAUGGUUCCAUAAUGCUGGAGCUGGAGUCAUUUCUCAUGUAGCAGACAGCAUCAAGCAACAAGAGAAGCUAUGCAGAUUGAACCCAGCUUUUGUUGUUUCUAGCUUGUUUGACUCAAUCCAUACUUGCCCUGUUGAUUUUCGAGAAGGCGAUCACAGACAGGCAACAUCAUCAUUUGUAGCUGAUAUUCUCCUUCAUCGUUAUGUGGACGCUACCAAGAAACCAUACCCUCCUAAUGACUUGCGUGAGGACAUGAGACGGGAAUAUGGUGUUUCCAUGUCAUAUAGGAAAGCUUUACUAGUCAAACAGAAGGCAUUGACCAAGUUGUAUGGCUCAGAUGAAGAUUCCUACCAGUUAUUACCAUCAAUGUGCUAUAUGUUGGAGCAGAAAAAUCCAGAUCGUCAUGAUGGAAUUCUUUACGCUGUAGACAAGGUUUUCCCAAAUGUAGAACAUGGUCAUUGUACUGAGCACAUUGCCCGAAACAUACGAGGCAAGUUUAAGGGACCGAAAGAAGAUCUAGCGUGGAAGUUUAGGAAAGCCUGCCGUGCAGCAACUGAGUUUGAGCGUGAGGAGUAUUUGCAAAUGCUUGACGAACAAGAUUCAAGAAUUCGCUCUUACCUCUGGGACAUCGGCGAAUCUAAAUGGUCACGUUGCAAGAGUGGGCCAUUUCGAUACUCGAUAAUGACAUCUAAUGCUGCAGAAUCAAUGAAUAAUGUUAGCAACUCUGCACGCGAAUACCCUGUUUCGAAGUUAGUUGAUUUCAUUAGAGAAAGGAUGCAAAAAUGGUUCCAUGAACGCCAUGAGAGAGCUUUAUCUACGACAACAAUUCUUACUCAGAAUCUGGAAUCUGAGUUAAUAACUCUACAACGGGAUGCCUUCAAGAUGAAGCUAUUGCGUCUCGCCCUGGUUUGUCAUGUUUUGAUUUCAUCUCACCGUACUCCAGACGGGAAUCAUUAGUUGCAACUUACAAUGGCAUUGUGCACCCAAUAGGAGAUAAAUCAUCCUGGAGUGUUCCGCCGGAUGUUUCAUUAGUGAUUUGCAAGCCUCCAUCUUGUAAUAAGCGUCCCCCGGGUAGACCAAAGAAGAGGAGACUUCCAUCAGUCGGUGAAUUUCAAAUAGGCCAUAGGCGUAGAAAGCAAAGAUGCACACGGUGUUUGAAUUUGGGGCAUAACGUAAAAACAUGCAAAAACCCAAUACCAAAUUGACACUGCACUCUUUCAUAUUCCGUAUAAUAUACAAUUCUCAACGCU